CUUUCUUAAAACAGCUGUGAUCUCCGUUGAGUUUUGCAUUUUCGUUUGUUGAGCUCUUCAUUUUACACUUCCUAGCAAUUGAUAUAAGUAGCCUUCAGAUUACAAAUUGUGAGCAAAAUGUUUAUGGAAUUCAGACGAUCCUCCCUCUCGGCUGAUCAGUCGAUGCCGGGGAUGUCAACACCGCGUCACUCGCUGCUCUCGGGUCGUUUCAAGCAAAGCUUCGCUUACCUGACCUUAAGGACCCGCAUGCCCGGCAUCAUGCAACAGAUUAUUUCCCAUAUGCAGAACAAUACGCCUGAGCUGGUGGAUGAGUUUGGCGAGGAUGUGCGCAAGGAUAUUACUAGUAUAGUGGAUGCCAUAGAGCGACUGAAGGUGGACCUGAAUCGGGAUCGUUACUUUACGCUCUUUCACGGCGACGAGCCGGACCAGGCGAAGUGGAAUGCGUUUCUGAGUGAGCUUCCAAAGCCGAAAAGGAGUUACUUUCGAGCCUGCUGGCUUCAUGCUGAGUGCUAUCUCUAUCGGCGCAUCUUUUCGUUCUUCGAGCACAGUCAGUAUCUGAAAACGUACGACUACUUUGCCCAUCUGAAGCAGGAGGAUCUGAAGAUCAGUGUGCCGUCCAUGAAGGUUCUGGCUACGGCCACAAGGCAACUACAGAAGGAUUGGACGACCUUCAACAAACUGAUGCGCCUGAGCUUGUGGAGCAACCACUUUGAGAUUCAAAUGAAUGCGAUAUUGUUUGAGGGUCCAAAAAAUGAGAAGAUUGAUGUUUUGUCGUUAUUAAUCGACUUGGACCAUCGGAUUCUGGCAAAUGAAUCCAUGCUGGUGUGGAAUUGUCUGAUCAAGGCCAAGAAGAGAGCACAGAAGCGUAUUAUUGUGGAUUACGUUUGCGACAAUGCGGGCUUCGAACUGUUUACGGAUCUGAUCUUUAUCGAGUAUCUGGUUGACACGGGCCUGGCCACCCAAGUGCGAAUGCACGUGAAGGCCAUACCUUGGUAUAUAUCGGAUGCCACAAGACAAGAUAUUGAGUGGACUCUGGACUUCUUGCAGCACCACCCCAGCGACAUACUCUCCUCCCUUGGGCAUAAGUUUGCAGAAUUGUUUCGCUCCAAGCUCGUAAUAAUUGCGCCCCAAACGUAUUUCUGGACAGGUCCACAACCGUUCUUUGUCAUGGUCGAUGUGGACAUUGAACUCUUCAAGCUACUGGCCGGAGCCGAAUUGGCCAUCUUCAAGGGGGACCUCAACUAUCGCAAGCUCAUGGGCGAUUACAUUUGGGAUCCCACGGAGGAGUUCAUCACGUGUCUGCGCGGCUUUCGACCCACAAAUGUGUGCGCCAUGCGUACCGUUAAGUGCGAGGUGAUUUGUGGUCUGCCCGAGGGCGUCGCCGAUAGUCUAGUGCUCUCGAAUCCCCAGUGGAUGACAUCGGGCUACUAUGCUGUCAUUCAGUAUACGGAUAGUCUCAGGUGCAAUUGUUGUCUGCUGGACCAGUCUGAGCAAGAUGGGAUUGCAUGUGAUCGAGAGAAAACCGUAUCUUGUAGCAUAUAUCAGCAUAGUCGGCCUGUGCGCUAAAAUCGAUCCGAAACGGCACAAAGAUUGGACAACAAAAUGGUAUUGGAAGGAAAAGGAAAGGGAUAAGAAGGGAGAAAAGCUCAGACUUUGGAAGGAGACUGGAAUGGUGCUGGAAAUCGACAAAGUAGUGAACGACUCUGGAAAGGCCUAAGAACGGCUAUGGAAUGACUGGAAAGGUACAGGAAUAAUCCUGGAAUGUUGAUUGGGAAAAUGUAUGUAAAAUGUACUACAGAGAUUUAUAUUAUGAAAUAAAAACCUAUGACUAGGAAACUA